UUAAAGUUGACCAUAUUAGAGACUAUACUAAAUGUCGAAAUGGAAUUAUAUGGUAAUUGUGAUUUUCCUCUUUGUACCGGGGAAUAUGGAAUUCAGUUUCGAUCGAAUAAGAUCCGGGGAGUCCUACACACCAUUUCAUUUUCCCUAUGUUCCCGAUAACUUCCCAACACCUUCGGCUCCUGCCCCUCCACCAAAACCACGUCCGCCACCUCCACCUCCACCACCUCCAACUACAACACGUCCACCAACUACAACACCUACACCAACUACGACACCUACACCAAUAACGACACCUCCACCGCCUCCACCCUCUGCACCACCACCUCCUGAUCCAGCAACCCCUGGAGUAUGGUAUCCACUCCCCAUAUAUGGGAACGCACCACAAUUUGGAGAUCCACCUGGAUCGCACUUGCUUUCCAAUUCAGGAAAACCACAUCCACCAGGAUCACAGAUGCCUCCCAAUUCAGGAUUCGUCCUUCCCCCAGCGAUCUGCAGUCCGCCUUAUGGACCACCGAAUCAAGAUGGAAAUCCACCUGGAUCACAGACGCCUCCCAAUUCAGAAUUGGUUCCUCCCCCAGCAAUCUGGAAUCCGGCUUAUGAACCACCGAAUCAAAUUGGACAUCCACCAGAAUCACAGGCGCCUACCAAUUCAGGAUUUGUCCCUCCCCCAGCCAUUUGGAAUCCGCCUUAUGGUCCACCAAACCCAGAUGGAAAUCCACCUGAAUCACAGACGCCUCCCAAUUCAGGAUUCGUCCCUCCCCCAGCGAUCUGGAGUCCUUCUGUUGGACCAACGAGUGAAGAUGGACAUCCACCUGAAUCACAGGCUCCAUCAAAUUCAGGAUUCGUCCCUCCCCUAGCGAUCUGCUAUCCGCCUUUUGGACAACAAAAUCAAAUUGGACAUCAACCAGGAUCACAUAAGCCUCCUAAUUCAGGAAUAUACCCUCCAUCCACGGGCUGGAUUCCGCCAUCUGGGUCACUAAGUCAAGGUGGACAUCCACCAGGAUCACAGUUGCCUCCUAAUUCAGGCUUGCCACCGGGCUCUAUUCCGCCGCUUCGACCACCGAAUCAAAUUGGAGAUCCACCAGGAUCACAGAUGCCUUCGAAUUUAGGAAUAUACCCUCCAUCAAUGGGCUGGAUUCCGCCAUCUGGGUCACUAAUUCAAGGUGGACAUCCACCAGGAUCACUGUAUCCUCCUAAUUCUGUAUUGGCACCGGGCUCUAUUCCGCCUCUUCGACCAUCAAAUCAAGGUGGACAUCCACCAGGAUCACUGUUGCCUCCUAAUGUGGGAAUAUACCCUCCAUCCACGGGCUGGAUUCCGCCAUCUGGGCCACUAACUCAAGGUGGACAUCCACCGGGAUCACAGGUGCCUCCUAAUUUUGUAUUGCCAGCGGGCUCUAUUCCGCCUCUUGGAUCACCAAAUCAAAUUGGACAACCACCAGGAUCACUGUUGCCUCCUAAUGUGGGAAUAUAUCCCCCAUCCACGGGCUGGAUUCCGCCAUCUGGGCCACUAACUCAAGGUGGACAUCCAACGGGAUCACUGUUGCCUCCUAAUACUGGAUUGCCACCGGGUUCCAUUCCGCCUCUUCGACCACCAAAUCAAGGUGGACAUCCACCAGGAUCACAGAAGCCUCCUAAUGUGGGAAUAUACCCCCCAUCCACGGGCUGGAUUCCGCCAUUUGGGCCACUAACUCAAGGUGGACAUCCACCAGGAUCACUGUUGCCUCCUAAUACUGGAUUGCCACCGGGCUCUAUUCCGCCGCUUGGAUCACCGAAUCAAAUUGGACAUCCACCAGGAUCACAGAAGCCUCCUAAUGUGGGAAUAUACCCCCCAUCCACGGGCUGGACUCCGCCAUCUGGGCCACUAACUCAAGGUGGACAUCCACCAGGAUCACUGUUGCCUCCUAAUACUGGAUUGCCACCGGGUUCCAUUCCGCCGCUUGGAUCACCGAAUCAAAUUGGACAUCCACCAGGAUCACAGAAGCCUCCUAAUGUGGGAAUAUACCCCCCAUCCACGGGCUGGAUUCCGCCAUCUGGGCCACUAACUCAAAGUGGACAUCCACCAGGAUCACUGUUGCCUCCUAAUACUGGAUUGCCACCGGGCUCUAUUCCGCCUCUUCGACCACCAAAUCAAGGUGGACAUCCACCAGGAUCACAGAAGCCUCCUAAUGUGGGAAUAUACCCCCCAUCCACGGGCUGGAUUCCGCCAUCUGGGCCACUAACUCAAGGUGGACAUCCACCAGGAUCACUGUUGCCUCCUAAUACUGGAUUGCCAUCGGGCUCUAUUCCGCCGCUUGGAUCACCGAAUCAAAUUGGACAUCCACCAGGAUCACAGAAGCCUCCUAAUUCUGGAAUAUAUCCCCCAUCCACGGGCUCGAUUCCGCCAUCUGGGCCACUAACUCAAGGUGGACAUCCACCAGGAUCACUGUUGCCUCCUAAUACUGGAUUGCCAUCGGGCUCUAUUCCGCCGCUUGGAUCACCGAAUCAAAUUGGACAUCCACCAGGAUCACAGAAGCCUCCUAAUUCUGGAAUAUAUCCCCCAUCCACGGGCUGGAUUCCGCCAUCUGGGCCACUAACUCAAGGUGGACAUCCACCAGGAUCACUGUUGCCUCCUAAUACUGGAUUGCCACCGGGCUCUAUUUCGCCGCUUGGAUCACCGAAUCAAAUUGGACAUCCACCAGGAUCACAGAAGCCUCCUAAUGUGGGAAUAUAUCCCCCAUCCACGGGCUCUAUUCCGCCUCUUCGACCACCAAAUCAAGGUGGACAUCCACCAGGAUCACAGAAGCCUCCUAAUGUGGGAAUAUACCCCCCAUCCACGGGCUGGAUUCCACCAUCUGGGCCACUAACUCAAGGUGGACAUCCACCAGGAUCACAGGUGCCUUCUAAUUCUGUAUUGCCACCGGGCUCUAUUCCGCCCCUUCGACCACCAAAUCAAGGUCGACAUCCACCAGGAUCACAGGUGCCUCCUAAUACUGGAUUGCCACCGGGCUCUAUUCCGCCUCUUGGAUCACCGAAUCAAAUUGGACAUCCACCAGGAUCACAGAAGCCUCCUAAUUCUGGAAUAUAUCCCCCAUCCACGGGCUCGAUUCCGCCAUCUGGGCCACUAACUCAAGGUGGACAUCCACCAGGAUCACUGUUGCCUCCUAAUACUGGAUUGCCACCGGGCUCUAUUCCGCCCCUUCGACCACCAAAUCAAGGUCGACAUCCACCAGGAUCACAGGUGCCUCCUAAUUCUGUAUUGCCACCGGGCUCUAUUCCGCCUCUUGGAUCACCGAUUCAAAUUGGACGUCCAGUAGGAUCACAGAAGCCUGCUAGUUCCAAAAUACGUCCUCCACCACCUUCUGAACCUCAAAACCCGGACAAUGUGCCCAAGCAGCCAGUUAAAAAUCCACCUGCAGGAGGAAACUUAAAUGUAAAUGACAUACGCAUCGACCGUCCCAAUUAAAAAUUGUGCAACAAAAUUGAAAAGAAUUACAUUUUCCAUUUUCAAUCGAUAAACUAAUAAACAAGCGAUGCUCGUAAAAAUGAAUACUUG